UACAGUGACACAGAUGCAGAUAUCAUCCUCCGAACAUCUGACAACGUCCUCUUCCGUCUGUACAAGGUCAUGCUCGCUAAGGCGUCCCCUAUAUUUCGGGACAUCUUCUCGCUCCCAACUCCUCCGAGCGCUGUUGACGAUGAACACAUAGACGGCCUUCCGGUAGUCAUAAUCUCGGAGAACAGCACAACGCUCAAAAACCUCCUUCUCUUCAUAUAUCCAGGGCCACGUCCGGCACUUUCCGCCGAUGCUAUGAUCACGCUGGCCGAUGCGGCUCGCAAGUACGAAAUGUUCUAUGUGGUCGACUCUAUGAAGGAUGCCAUUGCAAAAACAGCCUCGACAGCGCCGUUGCGCACAUUUUGCAUUGCGUACAACCUUGCAUUCUACGACAUUGCUCGUGCUGCCGCGAAGCACUCCAUCUCCACCAAGCUGUGGCUCUUUCCCCCCGAUAUACCUCAGGAGCUGCGAUUUUUACCCUCUGCAGGGCUGUAUCGCCUUCUGCAGUACUAUGAUCGGUGCAUGAAAGCUGCUGUCGCCGUUGCUACAGACAUUGUGGGCGUUAUGGCUGCCAUUGGAGUACCA